AUGUUGCCCUCAUCGGUGCGGCGCGUGGUCGCCUCGGCCCCUCAGUCGCCCCUCGUCUCCUCCCUCAGCACCUCCGCUCCGAGAGCGGCUGCGACCUUCAACCUCCAACAGGUCCAGAGACCCGGCGGCCACCAGAGACGAUGGUCCUCUUCGAGUCCCUCGAGUCCGAACAACAACGGCUCCAAGGAGACACCCGCCGGCCAGAACGUCCACGCCUCGGCGUCAAGCUCGAACGCCAAGGCCAGCGGCGAGAAGCGGAAACGGAAGAGCAAGGACAGCGCCAACAGAGAUGCUGCGCAAAAGCUGCCCAGCGUGCCUAGCACACAACACCUGUCGCAAGAGGCCCUGGGACUGUCGACCUUCUUCUCCCUCCACCGGCCGAUAUCAGUGACCCACAGCAUGCCCAAGAGUGUCACCGAAGAGGCUUUCGCCGCCAUUUUCAAGCCUCGAACCCGCGCCAACAAGACCGCCGAUGUCAUCAACACGCUAUCAAGGACGGCCGACGAUAUCGAGGGCGCUAUGGCGAAGAUGACCGUCACAAACCAGGAGGUCGAUGCGUCAGGCGAGCCUGUCCAGAAGAUUGACCUCAAGCACGCCGACGGCAGCGAGUCGAGCGUCUAUGUCCAGCUGAAUGCCAUGGCCGGACAAUUCGUUCCCUUCCGCCCUCCCCCAGCGCCUCAGCAGGAGGGUGUCACCGAUGCCCACGCCGAGUCCGCCGUUGAGGACGUAGUUGACGAUGCCCCCCACCACCGCGUCUACAAGGCCAUGUUCACGAUCGAGGAGAGCACCGACGCCGACGGACAGAUCCAGGUCCUCGCCCACAGCCCCAAGAUCAUGAACGAGGAGGCCCCGCGCUCGUUCCUCGAGCGCAUGGCCCAGCGCCAGAUGAGAUUCGACGAGGCGCAAGGCAACGACACCAUGCACGCCCUUAGUGUUAGACGUCAGCGCAAGCUCAAGAUGAAGAAGCACAAGUACAAGAAGCUGAUGAGGCGUACGCGCAACCUGCGUCGCAAGCUAGACAGAAUAUAA